CUAUUAUUUUAGUAUUUCUUGACUGUUUAUAUGGUGACCGCGUUAAUUUGAAUGUAAAUGUCACAAAUCUAGAAACAAUUCUACAAGAAUGAAACAUUUAAAUAAAACUGUUAGAAAGUGUGAAAAAAUUUGGAUGUAGUUUGUAUUAAAGUUUACAUCAUUGAAUAAACAUAUAAAGAGAGUUUUUUUAAAACAGUUUUCAAAAAACUCAUAACUCAUAAGUGAAGUAAAUUGAACUUAACCAUGAUGUCUACAUUAAACAUUCUUGAUCCAAAUGAUAAGUUGAUGAAAAAAUUUCAAGAAACAUUACAUUCGCAUUUGUUACAUGUUGAUAAUAAACUUUCAGAAGAGAUACUCAAUCUUGACUCUUCUGUGAAACAUGCAGAAAAAGAGCUAGAAUCAGAAGCUGUACGUCUUUAUCAAAUACAAGAAGAAGUUCAACAUCAACAUAUAAUGCUGCAACAGUAUAUAGAGGCAUUGUCAAAAGUUACAUUACUGAGGGAAAAAAAGAAUAGUAAUAUAGAAAAUGCUAAAGAAAUUUUGAAACAAAAUUAUUUAAAAUUGAGAGAAAAGAAAGACAAGAAAGAGAAGUUGUCUCAAAAAUUAAAAAAUUUAUUGGCAUUUCAUUCUUACUUAUCCAAGUGGGAGAAAGAUUUGAAUGAUCAUUUAAUAAUAUCGAAACAAAUGUCACUGCAAGAUGUUAAUAGAAAUAAGACACUAAUUAAUAAAAAACAGCAAAGAGAUUUCAUAUUAUAUCGAUUGAAAGAAGAAAUAUGGAAAAUCGAAUCAGAAAUAGCGUACAUUGAUGAACAAUUACAAAUUAAAAAUAAAGAAAAGGAAGAUGCUAAUAGAAUGAUAAUCGAUGCAAAUACAGACUUAGAAACCUUGCACACAGAACAUAAAGAUUUGCAUAAUAUAUGGAAUUCUGUGGUAACUAAUAUUUGUAAAAGAAACUCUAUUCAUGACCAAUUACAUCUUGAACAAAAAGAAGCACAUCAAUUAUACAAUGGAUUAUUACUAGAAAUACAAAAAAUAAAAAAAGAAACAGAAAAAGAAAUGGAAAGUAAUGAACAUUUAACAUCUUUAUCUUUUCGAAUAGAAAACAAUAUUAAAAUUACAUCAAGAGCAAUAUUACUACAUAAUGAAAAAAUUGCAAAUAAUAAAUUAGAAUUGCAAAAUUUUACGAAAAUCAAUGAACAAGUAGAAUAUGAUUAUAAUAUUAUAUUCAACGAAUAUCAGAAUUAUUUAUGCGAAGAAGAGCAAGUGAAUAAGAAAUUUGAAAAUAUUUUUGAAAAAAAAAAUAAUCUAGAGGAUACAGUAUUUAAAAAGUUGGAGGAAAAAGUUAUAUGCAAUAAAACCACUAAAUAUAUAAAUGAGUUAUUAAUAAAUACAAAAAAUACUGUAUUACAAAAUGAAAUUUCAGUUGCACAUAUAGAGAAUACAUAUGGAAAUAAUCUCUUACAAUUGGAAAAGCUUAAAAAUCUUAUUGAAAAUAAAAAGAUAGAAUUACAAGAACUUUCAGAAAAAAAUGUUGGAAAAGAAAAACAAAUAGACGAAUUACAAAGAAAGAUAAAGAAAUAUGAAACAAUGACGAAAAAAGGACAAACAAAGCUUUUAGGAAUAAAUAAACUUAUUGAUCAGAUACUACCAAGUACCAAUGGAGGAGAUUUGAGUCCAUUGGAUUUGAAAAUUAUAAGUUUAGAAAAAAAUAUUCAGGAACUUCAACAAACUAUCAAAAAAACACAACAAUUUUGGUUACGCCAACAAGGCUUUGUGGUUUCAUUAAGUCAACAAAGAGAAUCCCAAUUACAACAAUUAAAUUUUCUUGAAAAAGAAGUGAUGAUAAUGGGACAAAAAAAUUUUAAAUUGGAACAUGCAUUAGAAGUGCUUACAAAAGAAGAAGCAAAUACAAAUAAAAUUAUAGUUUCUCUUGAUCAAAAAUUAUCUCGUAUAAAUUCAAAUUUAAUGGUACAAAAAGAUCUAAAAAUAGAAUUGGAGAAUAAAAAUUGUAUAAUGAAGAAUGAAUGUCUUUUGUCUUUUCAAGAAUUGGAAUUAGAACUUAUAAAAUUACAAAGUAAUUUAAAAUAUAUAUGCACUGAGAAAUUAAUGCUGAAAGAGGAUUUAAAUUCUGUAUUACAAGAAAGUUUAGCAUGGGAAAAAAAGGUCCAAUUGAUACAAAAUACAAUCAAAGAUAUAAAAGAAGAACAGAAUACUGGAAAUAUAGCUUUAAUGAAAAGUGAAAUUCAUAGAAUGGAAAUGCGACUUUCUUAUUUAAAAAAGAUUCAGGAAAAAUUAAUUCAUGAUAUGAAUCUUUGUAUUACAAGAAGAAAUAUUAUAGUUGACAAAAUGUUUGAUAAACUUAAAAGAAAUUCAAAAGUGAAGCAUAAUGAAAAGGUUGUAAUGCAUAAACGUUUGUCUGAUCAAAGAGCAAAAAUUAAGCAACUUUCAAAGAUUACGAAACAAACUGCUGAUAUGAUAGAGAAAUUAAAAAGUGAAAUAAUAAGUAUUCGAGACAAACUAGUCAAAUGCCAAGAAUUUUUGCAAAACUCAAAAGAAUGUAUUAAUACUAUGGAAAAUGAAAUUGAACAAUUAGAAUUGCUUAAAUAUCAUAAUUUACAUAGUUUAGUUCUUAAACAAAGGAAGGUAAAACAAUUAUAUGAUAUUAAAAAUGGUAUAUAUAAAAUGAUUUAUAAAAACGAAAACAUAAUAGAAGAAAAUUUGCAAAGAGAAUAUAAUUGCAGAGAAUAUCUAAAAUGUACGUUGGAAAAAACUGAUCAUGAUUUUCCAAUGUUAAAGAACGGUAUAAAAAAAAAAAAUAAUCUGGAAAAAAUGAAUGAAAUACAUUAUGGUAUUUCACAACAAACCUUAGUCUCCAGUAUUGAACAUCAAAGUAUACCAGCUAAAAAAUUACCUCAAUAUAUUGCUAGUUUGGCAGCAACACUUGGCGCCUUAGCAAGUGGAAUGACAUUAGCAUGGAGUUCUUCUGCUGGUGAAGAUGGAAAAGACUUACAAUCUUUAUAUGAUAUAACAAUUUCUAAAGAAGAAUUUUCAUGGAUUAGCUCAUUAGUUACAGUGGGUUCAGCAAUAAUGUGUAUUCCUAUUGGAAUUGUUGCUGACAUAAUAGGAAGAAAAUUUUCAAUGCUUUUAAUGGUGAUACCUUUUACCCUAGGCUGGUUACUUAUAAUUUUUGCCAAUAAUCUAGCCAUGUUUUAUUUUGGUAGAUUCAUCACUGGUCUCAGUGGUGGAGCUUUUUGUGUAGUAGCACCAAUAUAUACAGCAGAAAUAGCUGAAAAUGAAAUUCGUGGAACUGUUGGAUCCUAUUUUCAAUUACUUCUUACUGUAGGCAUUCUUUUAUCAUAUCUUUUAGGAACUUAUGUUGAUAUGCGUAUACUGUCAAUUGUAUCUGCUAUUAUACCAAUUGUAUUCUUUGUAGUUUUUAUGUUCAUGCCAGAAUCACCAAUCUAUUACUUAAAAAAAGGUCUUGAAGACGCAGCUAAAAAAAGUUUAAUUAGAUUACGCGGCGUCGAAUACGAUAUCGAAAAUGAGUUACAAAAUCAAAAAGAUGCAUUGAAAAAAAAAGAAAAUACAGUAUCCUUUUGGACUUUAAUCCAAUCUAGAGCAACUUUGAAAGGUUUUAUAAUAGCCUAUGGUCUUAUGUUUUUUCAACAAUUAUGUGGUGUUAAUGUUGUUAUAUUUUAUACUAAUUACAUUUUCAUAAAGUCUGGUAGUACUUUAGAUUCUCAUUACUUCACUAUUAUAGUAGGAGUAAUGCAAGUAUUAGCUGUUUUUGUAAGCACAUUAACUGUAGAUCGUGUAGGCAGAAGAAUACUACUAUUAGCAUCUAUAAUAUGUUUGGGUUUAACAACUUGUGCACUUGGAAUUUAUUUUUAUCUAUUGGAUAAUAACAUUGAUGUAAAUUCAAUUACAUGGCUACCUCUAACAUCUUUGUGUAUUUUUAUUAUUAUGUUUAAUAUGGGUUUUGGUCCACUUCCAUGGAUGAUGAUGGGUGAACUUUUCACAGCAGAAAUUAAAGGUGUAGCUGCAAGUAGUGCUGGUUUUUUAAAUUGGGUAUUAGCUUUUAUUGUAACUAAAUUCUUCAGUGAUCUUUCAAAUGCAGUUGGUCAUGGUAUUACAUUUUUGUUAUUUGCUGUAAUCUGUGUUAUUGGAGCUUUCUUUGUAUACAUAUUAGUUCCUGAAACAAAAGGGAAAUCUUUAGAAGAUAUCCAAAAAGAAUUGAAUGGCUCCUAA